GAGAGGACUCCAAUCUGCCGGAGCACAGCACUGCUCGCUUUCUUGAGAGGAGAGAAGCAGAGAACCACAAGCCUUCUCCUUCUCCUCCAUCUGUGUGAGGCUGGUACAUGCGUUGGCUGGUGGACACAGUAGCAGUGUUAGCAUUAGCAGGGGAUCUGUGCCCCCACUUCCAAAAUGCUCAACAACCUCACCGAUUGUGAAGAGGGCGAUGGGGGACCCAACAGUCAGGGAGAUGCGACAUCCAAGGAAAGCAGCCCCUUUAUCAACAGCAGCACCAGUGACGUAGAGAAAAGCCAGCAGUAUGAUGGGAAAAACAUGGCCCUUUUUGAGGAGGAGAUGGACACCAGUCCCAUGGUAUCUUCUCUGCUGAGCAGCCUCGCCAACUACUCCAACCUGACGCAGGGCAGUAAAGAGCACGAGGAGGCAGAAAACAACGAGGAGGCACGCAAGAAAACCGUGCAGGCUCCACGUAUGGGCACUAUCAUGGGCGUUUACCUGCCGUGUAUGCAGAACAUCCUGGGGGUGAUUCUGUUCCUCAGGAUGACCUGGUUGGUGGGCAUUGGAGGAGUCUUCGGAACUUUCACCAUUGUCUUCAUGUGUUGCUCCACGACUAUGCUGACUGCUAUCUCAAUGAGUGCUAUUGCCACCAAUGGAGUUGUGCCAGCUGGAGGUUCAUACUACAUGAUCUCUCGUUCACUGGGGCCAGAAUUUGGAGGGGCUGUUGGUAUAUGUUUCUAUCUAGGCACCACUUUUGCAGGAGCCAUGUACAUCCUGGGCUGCAUCGAAAUCCUGCUGAUCUACAUUGUGCCAGCUGCUGCCAUAUUCAAGAUGGAGGGUCUGGAGGGAGCAGAGGCAGAGGCAGCGCUGUUGAAUAACAUGCGUGUGUACGGUACCAUCGUGCUUUCCUUCAUGGCUUUAGUCGUCUUUGUUGGCGUGAAGUAUGUCAACAAGUUGGCCCUUGUGUUCCUCGCCUGUGUCAUUCUCUCCAUUCUCGCUGUCUACGCUGGUGUCAUCAAGACAUCUUUUGACCCGCCAGACUUUCCGGUGUGUGUGCUCGGGAAUCGAACUCUUGUGUCAAAGGGAUUUGACAUUUGUGCCAAGACCAUUGAGAGAGGCAAUGCCACAGUCACCACCAAGCUUUGGAGAGCCUUCUGUGACUCUGAGUUCCUGAACGCCACCUGCGAUGAGUACUUCAGCAAAAACAACGUCAGUCAGAUCCAGGGAAUCCCUGGAAUCACCAGUGGCAUCAUGGCAGAAAACCUCUUCAGUACAUUUAUGGAGAAAAAUUCAAUCUUAGAGAAGCGAGGUAUACCAGCAGUGCUCGACCCUGAGGCCCCAGAAACCAACACUAACCGAUACGUCCUGGCUGAUAUCACCAGCUUCUUCACCCUGCUGGUUGGCAUCUACUUCCCCUCUGUCACAGGAAUCAUGGCUGGUUCAAACCGUUCUGGUGACUUGCAGGACGCUCAGAAGUCCAUCCCAAUUGGUACCAUCCUGGCCAUCACAACCACCUCCAUCAUAUACAUGUCUAGUGUGAUUCUGUUUGGAGCCUGUGUGGACGGAGUCGUUUUGAGGGACAAAUUUGGGGAAGGUGUCAACGGUAACUUGGUUAUUGGUACCCUAGCAUGGCCCUCGCCCUGGGUCAUUGUGUUCGGCUCGUUCUUCUCCACCUGUGGGGCAGGGCUUCAGAGUUUGACAGGAGCGCCCCGUCUCCUUCAGGCUAUCGCCCGAGAUGGCAUCAUUCCUUUCCUCAGGGUGUUUGGUCAUGGCAAAGCUAACGGUGAACCUACAUGGGCUCUCCUCCUGACGGCUUGCAUCUGUGAGAUUGGCAUCCUCAUCGCCUCCCUGGAUGCAGUCGCUCCCAUUCUGUCCAUGUUCUUCCUGAUGUGCUACAUGUUUGUAAAUCUGGCCUGUGCGCUGCAGACGCUCCUCAGGACCCCCAACUGGAGACCACGCUUUAAAUUCUACCACUGGGCUCUGUCACUCUUGGGCAUGAGCUUGUGUCUUACCCUGAUGUUCCUCUGCUCCUGGUACUACGCCAUUGUUGCCAUGGUUAUCGCCAGCUGCAUCUACAAGUACAUUGAAUUCUGCGGGGCAGAGAAAGAGUGGGGCGAUGGGAUUCGUGGCAUUUCUCUGAGUGCCGCCCGUUAUGCUCUGAUGAGGUUGGAGGAAGGUCCUCCUCACACUAAAAACUGGAGGCCCCAGAUUCUGGUGCUCAUGAGUCUGGAUGCGGAGCAGAACAUAGAGCAGCCUCGACUGCUGUCUCUGACCAGUCAGCUGAAAGCGGGCAAAGGCUUGACCAUUGUGGGAGCGUGUGUGGAGGGCACCUACUUAAACAACCAACCACAGGCACAAGAAGGAGACCAAUCCCUAAGGAAGCUGAUGGAGGUCGAGAAGGUAAAGGGAUUCAGUCAGGUUGUGAUCUCUUCUAACCUGCGGGACGCCACCUCACAACUGAUCCAGGCUGGAGGUCUAGGCGGCCUCCGUCACAACACGGUUCUGGUCAGCUUCCCUAAGAACUGGAAACAGGCUGAGGAGCGCCACCGUUGCAGGAACUUCAUUGAGGUUAUUAGAGAGACCACUGCAGCUCACUUGGCCUUGCUGGUGCCGAAGAACAUCUCUGCAUAUCCAUCAAACGGAGAGCGCUUCACUGAAGGCCACAUCGACGUGUGGUGGAUUGUCCAUGAUGGAGGCAUGCUCAUGCUCCUUCCCUUCCUUCUGCGCCAGCACAAGGUGUGGAGGAAGUGCAAGAUCCGUAUCUUCACUGUGGCUCAGAUGGAUGACAACAGCAUUCAGAUGAAGAAAGACCUGAUGACGUUCCUCUAUCAUCUGCGAUUCGAUGCUGAGGUGGAGGUGGUUGAAAUGCAUGAAAGCGACAUCUCGGCCUACACCUACGAAAAGACCCUGAUGAUGGAGCAGAGGUCGCAGAUCCUGAAGGAGAUGCACCUGACCAAGAACGAGCGCGAGAGAGAGAUUCAGAGCAUCACAGACGUGUCCCGUGGCUCUAUACGGCGAAAGAACCCUUCGAACCUGCACCCCCAGAGUAUCGCCGAGGAGUCUGUGGGAGGAAAUGGUGAAGAGAAAUCUGAGGAGGAGGUUCAGCUCAUUCAGGGAAAAAAUGCCACCCCCACCCCAAGUAGCCCCACCUCCCCUAUCGCUCCCACACCAGCAGCCAUGAGCCCCGGAGAGGAGGUGCAGAUGACCUGGACGGACGAAACGGAGAAGCCCAAUAACCCAGCAGUGGCCAACCCUGAAAACAUAAAGGAUAUGUUCAACAUGAAACCGGAAUGGGAGAACCUGAACCAGUCCAACGUCCGACGCAUGCACCACGCACAGAAACUCAACGGGGUCAUUGUGAAGAAGUCAAAAGAAGCUAAACUAGUCCUGCUAAACAUGCCUGGACCACCUAAGAACCGCACCAACCAGACAAGGCCAAUGGAGAACUCUUUGUAUCAGAACUAUCCAUUUUUUGCUGACAUUCAGGUGAUGAUAUUUCUCGGAUUCGGCUGCCUUCUGGCCUUUUUCCGGCACUAUGGUUUUGGUGGAAUGGUGUUUAAUUUCCUAAUCGCCACAUUUACCAUUCAGUGGGCCAUUCUGGUGCAGGGCUUCUUUCAGUUUUACUACGAUGGGAAGAUUCAUCUUGGUGUGUUGAAUCUGAUCAAUGCUGAGUUUGCCUGUGCUGUCGUGCUCAUCUCUUUUGGAGCAGUGUUGGGAAAGACGAGCCCUGUGCAACUCGUGGUCAUGGCCUUGCUGGAGAUCCCUGUGUUUGGUGUCACAGAAUGGGCUGUGGUGAAAUACCUAAAGAUCAACGAUGCUGGUGGCUCGAUCCUCAUCCACAUUUUUGCCUGCUACUUCGGACUGGGUGUCACCUUUGUCCUCUACAGGCCCAGCCUAAAUGAGGGACACCCAAAAGAGUCGACAAGUUACCAGUCGGAUCUGCUCUCAGUAAUGGGAACCCUGUUCCUCUGGGUGUUCUGGCCCUCUUUCAACUCAGCGCUGACCUUGAAGGGUGACGACCAGCACCGAGCCAUUCUCCACACAUUCAUAGGUCUCAGUGCCUCCACAAUCACCGCCUUCGCCCUGUCCAGCAUGCUCAGCAAAAAUGGCAAGAUCAGCAUGGCCGAUGUGCAGAACGUAACACUGGCUGGUGGUGUAACGGUCGGUGCUUCAGUGGACAUGAUGAUUUCGCCGGCUGCUGCUUAUGUGCUGGGCAUCCUGGGAUGCAUCGCAUGCAUGCUGGGGUAUAAAUACUUGAGCCCGUUCUUAGCGCACCGGCUGCGGUUACAGGAUCAGUGCGGCAUUCACAACCUGCACGGCCUGACAGGACUCAUUUCCAGCCUAGCAGGAAUCUGUGCCAUCCUGCUGGCGACAGAGGAAACAUACGGCCCCAGUCUCUACCAAACUUUCUCUCAUCGGGCCCCUCCACAGGGAGACCCUCUGCUAGUGGAGUUGCAGGAAUUGAUCCCAAAUCUGGAAGCGGGUUUGGGUCGGACCGCACGGGAACAAGCCCUCUUUCAGGUAGCUGCCGUGUUUGGGACUAUUGCGGUGGCAGCAGUCGGGGGUUUGCUGACUGGUGUGGUACUCAAGUUACCGUAUCUGGCUUCCCCCAGCGAUGAGAAAUGCUUUGAUGAUGAGCUCUUCUUUAAUGUUCCUCCAGAUUACAACAGCGUAAAUGGUCCCACGACGUAUGGUCCUGUGUUCACAGAGACACAAACAAAACUGAUGCUGACUGAAGAAUGAAAAGGACUAUGUGUUAGUAAGAGGAAUAAAUGUUAAUGUAGGACUGCUGUGAACUUCAGAACUGAGUACUGUGUAACUUGCUAACUCUUAACUAUUUACCCCCCAAAAACUGUUUAUUUUAAUAUUUGAUGGGAUGAGGUUUGUAUACUGUGUAUCAAAAUACAAAAAGUGUAUGAUUUUGAUCAAA